GUUGGUUGGAUCAAUGGAUGGAGGGAACCACUCGGUGGUUUCUGAGUUUGUGUUUCUUGGUCUCACCCAUUCAUGGGAGAUCCAGCUUCUCCUCCUGCUGUUUUCCUCUGUGCUCUAUGUGGCAAGCAUGAUUGGCAAUAUCCUCAUUGUGUUUUCUGUGGCCACUGACCCUCACUUACACUCCCCCAUGUACUUCCUACUGGCCAGUCUCUCCUUUAUUGACUUGGGAGCCUGCUCUGUCACUUCACCCAAGAUGCUUUAUGACCUUUUCAGAAAGCACAAAGUCAUCUCCUUUGGAGGCUGCAUUGCUCAGAUCUUCUUCAUCCAUGUCAUUGGUGGUGUGGAGAUGGUGCUGCUCAUAGCCAUGGCCUUUGAUAGAUAUGUGGCCAUAUGUAAGCCUCUCCACUACUUGACCAUCAUGAGCCCACGAAUGUGCAUUUUGUUUCUGACUGCUGCCUGGGCCCUAGGUAUCAGUCACUCACUGUUCCAACUGGUAUUUCUUGCUAAUUUACCCUUCUGUGGCCCUAAUGUAUUGGACAGCUUUUACUGUGACCUUCCUCGACUUCUCAGACUAGCCUGUGCAGAUACCUAUAGACUGCAAUUCAUGGUCACUAUCAACAGUGGGUUUAUCUGUGUUGGGUCUUUCUUCAUACUUCUCAUUUCCUACAUUUUCAUUCUGUUCACUGUUUGGAAACAUUCCUCAGGAGGUUCAUCCAAGGCCCUUUCCACUCUUUCAGCUCACAUUACUGUGGUCCUCUUGUUCUUUGGUCCAACCAUGUUUGUAUAUACAUGGCCACACCCAAAUUUACAAAUGGACAAGUUUCUUGCUCUUUUUGAUGCAGUUCUCACUCCUUUUCUGAAUCCAGUCAUCUAUACAUUCAGGAAUAAAGAGAUGAAGGCAGCAAUGAAGAGAGUAUGCAAACAGCUAGUGACUUACAGGAAGAUCUCAUAAAUGAUAUGAUAAGGC